UCAUAUUCUUUUCUAACCUUCUCACUCAAACCCCCCACCAUUGUCUCUAUACUUUUUUUAUUUUUUAUUUUAUUUUUUUUAUCUUUUUCUUUGUUUUAUUUUUCCUUCUCUUCUCUGCAUCUCUACUUUGCUGUCACCACAAGGUAAAGGGAGAUGGCAGAGUGUAAUAGAGAAGACUAUUUUGCUGCCAAUGAUGUUGAGUCAACAUCCGCAGAAAAGAAGUAUGGUGGGCUUGUCCCAAAGAAAAAGCCUUUGAUAUCCAAAGAUACUGAAAGGGCAUUCUUUGAUUCAGCAGACUGGGCAUUAUGCAAGCAAGGUGCUGGAGUGAAUAAACAAUCUACAGCAGCCGUAGAGACCCUACGACCAAAAUUACAGAAAACUCCACAUCAGCGGCUUCCCCCAAGAAGACCUGCAUGCACAUCUGGUUGAGAUAAAUUUGGGGAGUAGAUCUAAUAACUUACACAAGGAUUUGCUCAUAAGUCCAUUUUAUAAAUCUCGUGAUGUUUCUAGCUCAUUUGAUGUAUAUUAUGAUUCACUUGACGCUUUUGAUUAUUAGUAGUUAAAUAAAAGUCCAUUUCAUUUUCAUUGUGUUUCUUUCGAAGAGUUUCCAUUUAUAAUAGACCAAAAAGUGGGGUUGGGAUUUAAAUAUAUCUCAUCUAAUUUCAUGAUCA